CUAAGAUUUUCGCUAUCUUCUAGUAGCAGCACUAAAUAGUGAGUAGUAGCAGCACUAAAUAGUGAGCAAGUACCCUCGCAGAAAAAUUUCCCCAUUCGUACAACGCGAAUACAUCCAAAAAUCAGUAUGUAAACAAACCAAUUAAGUAAGAUGCAACAAACUUCAAACAUAUAUAAAACUCAAGAUAUACCCCAUAAGUGAUGGACCAGGAUCAUCUUGAAACCCAGAACAAAGUAGUGUCGAUGCCCAAGACUCCUCUCAAAGAAGUCAAUGGCCAAACGGCUAUUGAAAAAGCAGAUCUCACUAAUAAUAAUCCUAAUCUCACUACUACUACUACUACUACUACUACUAACAAUAAUAAUAAUAAUAGCUUUAACUUUAAUAGUACAACUGUUAACCAUAAUCAAGAUCAGACAUUCGAAAGAUCUGAUUCAAGUAGUCCCUUUAUAACUCAUCCAGAUAUACCAGUAGAUACUGACUAUUAUAAAAUUAAUCCGACAUUUCUACCAUCUCCCGAAGGUAGUGAAGAAUUCUCAGAAGUAUUAGACGAAAUUUCUAAUCAAGAAGAUCACAUAAAUAUUACCACCACAAAUGCCAUGGUUAAUUAUUCAGCCUCGAGUUUAUCGCGAUCUUUAUCAAAAUUAAGCACAACUGAUUUUAAAGAAGAAUUUAAUGAAGAAGAUGAAGAUAACAUUGAAAAUGAAUAUGAAAAUGAAUAUGAAAAUGAAAAUGAAAAUGAAAAUGACAUUAACAAUACUUUCCAUAAUUCCACUAUGGAUACAACAAGAUAUAAUGAUACUCGAGGACAAUUCGAUCAAGAUUUCGAUUUCAGCCCUACCAAAAUAAAAUAUUCUGUACCACUUCCCAAACAAUUAACUAGUAAUCCUACAACACCAUGGAAACGACUUAGAACUGCAUCUUCUAAUUCUCCAACUAAAUCUCAUGGAAAUUCUCCCCGGACAAAAUUACCAUCAGUAAAACAAUCAAUAUUUAUAAAAUCAGAUAAAGGAACUUUUGUAAGUGAAGAAAAUAAUGCAUCUACAGCAUCUAAAAUUGAUAGUUUAAAUAAACAAAUUGCUGGUUAUAGAAUGCAAAUGCAAUCUUAUAAAGAAUUUCUUCAAUUACUCAUAGAUAAAUAUAGUCAAAACGGUACUAUAUUAGAUGAACAUGAAUUAGCCAAUUUUCAAAGAGAUAUACAGGGACUAUCUCCUGCUCAAAGUACAAAAGCCAAUGAUUAUAAUAAUCUAGAAAAUGAUUAUAAUAAGCUCGUCAAUGAAUAUCAAGAAAUUCAUGAUAUUAAUAAUGAAUUACUUAUUAAUUUACAAAAUUUUGAACAGAAAAUCCAUGAGAAAGAUAUAUUAAUUCAUGAUAUGAAUCGAGAAUUUGAAGUUUGUACUGCUAUAGUAGAUGAAAUAAUUCAAAGAUUAAUUGCUGAUGCAAAUACAUCAGUUGAAUCUCGACAUUUAUUACUUAAAUGUUUACAAUCUAAUAAUAAUGACCAUAUUAUACCUUUAGAAGAUAAAUUACACACAUUAGAAAUAGAAUUACAAAAACGACUAGAAAGUUCGGGACAAAUAUCUCCUCCACCAUCUUCAGAUUCAAAUCAAAAUCAAACAAUAGAUCAUUUGAUUGUUACAAUCGAUGAUUUACAACUGAAAUUAGAUAAUCAAAAACAUGAAUCUGAGAAAUUACAAGAACUUCGUAAAGAAAUUGAUGAAUCACAAUCAAUGAGGCGGAAUUUCCAAAUUAUGUCACUGAAAUUUACAGAACUUUGUAAUGCAUUUAAUGAUAAUGGGGAUGGGAAGGAGUUGUUUAAGUUAAAAGAUGAAAAUGUAGAAUUGAAAAAAAUGACUAAUGAACUAAAUAUCCAAUUAGCCGAACUAAAAUUAAAAAUUCGUAAUAAUGAAUCUAAUGGUGAUCCAGAUACUGCUAAUAAAUUAUCAGAUUUAAAAGUAGAAUUCGAACAAUUAAAUAAUGCCUAUAUUAAAUUGAAAAAUGAAACUUCUGAAACUAUUACUACAUUAACUAGUCAAUUACAAAAGAGACAACAAGAAGUUGUACAAUAUAGACUUGAAGAACGAUCUCAAGAAAGGUUAAGAACCGAAUUAGAAGUGGCUGUAGAAAAGCAAAGGAAACUUAAUGCUGAAAAGAUUAAACUUUCAUAUUCUGUUUCAUCUUAUAUAGAAAAGGAGAAAGAAUUAAAAUCUACCAUUGAAAGUUUAUCGGAUAAAAUUACUAUACUUGAAGAACAAGCACAUAAUAAUCAUAAUAUAAUUCAUGAACCCUCUGGAAUUAGUGAACAUCAAGAAUAUUUGAAUAUUCAAUUACAGGAUAUUCUUGAAUUUGAUUCAAUUGAAUUUCAAAAAUUAAUUACAUCAUUUAAUAAAAUUGCCGAUGAUUCUUCAUUAAAACAACCUAUACGGAAAUAUGAACUUUUCCGUAAAACUAUGGCUAACUCUACUGUGUAUGAUCUUGAUCAUUCAAGUUUUGCAACCAUACGAGAAUGUCAUAAAACUAUAUUCAAUUAUUUUGUUAGAGCUAUAGAUAUUCUAGUAAAUGAUCAUAUUGGAUUCUUAUUAAAAGAAAAUGAUAAAGAAAACAAUCAAGAGUAUGUUAAAGAUCUUCAUCAAAGAAUCAAUGAAUUAAUAAAUGAUCGAAAUAUGUUACAAAAGCAAUUAGAUAGUUUUGAAAAUGAUGAAGUAUUUCCUAAGGAUAUGAUCAAUUUUAGUAACGACAACAACCACAAUCACAGUCACAGUCACAAACACAAACACAAUAAUAGUAAUAGUAACAGUAACAGUAACAGUAAUAACAGCAGUAAUGGUAAUGGUAAUGUAUUCUCACCAAUAUCCAAAUUGAGAAUCCAAGAACUAGAGAGAAGAUGGAAGGCAGAACGGGAAAGACGAGCCUAUGAGAACAAAGAAGCCAAAAGACGAUUUCAGGAAUUAGAAUCAGAGAAUGAAAGGCUAAGAGAUUUAUUAAGUAGACAGUAUUAAAAUGUGAAUUAGAGUAGAGUAGAGUAGAGUAGAAAUUAGAAAUUAGAAACUAAAUUUUUGCAGCAAUUGGUAAAUGCACG